CUUCUCGGAUCUGAAAGGGAGCUUCUUCACGUUUCUCUUCCAUAUCUUUAAACAAGAACAACAGCAAUAACAAUAGUCUCUGUCUCUCUCGGUCUGAUUUCGGAAGCCUUUUUUUCUCGAACCUCCCAAAAUUCCUUUAUUUUCUCUGCUACUCGAUCUCCGCCUCCUCAUCGUAUCUUUUCGUUUCUAUAUAAAGCUUCCAUUGUCAACACCUCCCUCUGUCUCUCUCUCCGUAGUUCAAUAAUUUGAUAUCCGUAAUUCGAUCACAGAGUCUUCAAGCAGACGCAGAACGGAGGUUUGUGGUGUUGGUGUGUGUUUGGCUGUGAAUGGAAGGAGAGAAGCAGCUGGAAUAAAAUUGGAAGGCCAGUGGAGGGGUUGUGAAGGAGGAUGUUGUAUCUGAAGCAACCGAGUGUAUGCAUGGAAAAUGGUGAUUUUGGUGUAAUUGUUGUUGGUUGAAUCUGAAUUCUCUACUCGGAAAUCAAGAAUUUGAACAAGUACGGUGCAUGCGCUUCUGAUACUAUCCCUGAGCCGGGGGCUCGGGGAGGGGGAGAUCUAGGAACUCUCUAGGAUAAUUGAUAGUGUGACAGAGUUAUGGCGUCGACUGCCGAGAAUGGUAUUGAGGGAUCGUCCAACUCUCCUCGUAAUGAUAGUAUCUCUGAUGAGCCGCCCCAUCCCGAGCAGGCUUGUAUGCAGAAGUUCAGGCUCUACGCAACUCGAUCGAAAUUUUACAUGAUAGGGAGAGACAAGAGUAGAACGUAUUGGAGAGUGCUAAAGAUUGACAGGCUGGAUCCAUUGGAGCUUGAUAUUAGUGAAGAUUCUACCACGUAUUCAGAACGUGAAUGUUCUGACCUGUUGAGGCGGAUACAUGAAGGAAACAAAGCAACUGGUGGACUGAAAUUUGUCACUGCUUGUUAUGGAAUUGUUGGGUUUAUUAAAUUUCUGGGACCAUACUACAUGCUGCUUAUUACGAAAAGAAGGCAGAUUGGUGCAAUAUGUGGUCAUAAUGUUUAUGCAGUCUCCAAGAGUGAGAUGAUUCCGCUUCCGAAUUCUAGUGUUUGUGCCAGUCUCACUAAUUCUAAGAACGAGAACAGGUACAAGAAGCUUCUCUGCACAGUGGAUCUCACAAAAGACUUCUUUUUCAGCUACUCAUAUCAUAUUAUGCGCAGUCUCCAAAAAAACUUGUGUGGAAAUGAGUCAGGACAUGUCCUCUACGAAACAAUGUUUGUCUGGAAUGAGUUUUUAACCGGAGGAAUCAGGAAUCACCUCCAGAAUACUCUGUGGACAGUUGCGCUAGUGUAUGGCUUCUUUAAACAGGCAACGCUUUCUGUAUCUGGACGGGAGUUCAAAAUUGCCCUCAUCGCAAGACGGUCGCGCCAUUAUGCCGGCACCAGGUACUUGAAACGAGGUGUAAAUGAAAAAGGCAGAGUGGCUAAUGAUGUUGAAACGGAGCAGAUUGUUUUUGAGGAUGUUCCUGAAGGUUUCCCAGUGCAAAUAAGUUCCGUUGUCCAGAACCGUGGCUCAAUCCCACUUUUUUGGUCGCAGGAAACAUCACGUUUGAAUAUAAAACCUGAUAUAAUAUUGUCAAAGAAGGACCACAAUUAUGAAGCCACCCGCCUUCAUUUUGAAAAUCUUGUCAAGAGAUACGGGACCCCUAUAAUUAUCUUGAAUUUAAUUAAGACUCGGGAGAAGAAGCCUCGAGAGUCUAUUCUUCGUGCGGAGUUUGCAAAUGCAAUUGAUUUUAUUAAUAAAGAUUUGUCAGAGGAGAACCGUUUGAGGUUCCUUCACUGGGAUCUGCACAAGCAUGUGCGAAACAAAGCAACAAAUGUUCUUCUCCUCCUUGGGAAAGUGGCUUCAUAUGCUUUGACGCUGACAGGUUUCUUUUAUUGUCAAAUGACACCAGCCUUGAUAUCUGAGGGGUGCUUCGACUUGGCUUCUGCUGAGAAUGUUGACAGUGACAACUUGUCUCCCGAGAAUCAUUACAAUAAUGAUAAUGAAGGUGCUUAUGACUUAGAGAGGAAAAUUACUGGAGGUACUAAUGUUGUCAAUGGGAAUCAUCCUAUCAAGCAACCAAUGUCCCAAAGGGGCGUGCUCAGGACCAAUUGUAUAGACUGUCUGGAUCGCACGAAUGUAGCCCAGUAUGCAUAUGGGUUGGCUGCUCUUGGACACCAGCUUCAUGCUUUGGGAGUUAUAGAUACUCCGAAGAUAGACCUUGAUGCUCCGUUGGCUGAUGAUCUGAUGGGCUUUUAUGAGAGAAUGGGUGACACACUUGCACAUCAGUACGGUGGCUCAGCUGCUCAUAAUAAGAUAUUCUCUGAGAGAAGGGGUCAGUGGAGAGCAGCAACCCAGUCCCAGGAGUUCUUCAGAACCCUUCAACGAUAUUACAGCAAUGCAUAUAUGGAUGCCGAGAAGCAAGACGCAAUUAAUGUAUUCCUGGGGCAUUUCCAGCCUCAAGUGGGUAAACCUGCACUUUGGGAGCUGGAUUCAGACCGGCAUUACAGUGUAGGGAAAAAUGGACAGAUGAACACAGAUCAAGAUCGAAGGGCAGUUUUUAAAAGAUGCUUUUCAGAUGGAAGCAUCCUUCGCGAAAACAGCUCUCCUAUGUCUGCCACAAACUUGAAUCAGAAAAAGUUCUCCAGUUCCGUUUUGCCAAAUCAAUUGCAAGGGGAAAACCACAUGCUUUCAGAGUCAUCACCUGAAAUAUCAACUUCAGAAAGUGAUGUGGCAUUUUCAAGGUAUACUCCCUCUAUGCCUCGGAGACAGCUAUUCGGAGAUGUACAAACAGAGCGAUGCCUUGAAAGUGACGAUAUUCACUACUCUGAGCAUGGGGACAUGUUUAAUUGCUCAAACUUUGUUGAUCUAGAAUGGCUAUCUUCCUCUGGGAAUUCAUGUGAUGAAGAGCUAUAUGAAAGGUCAUCAGUGCUUAUAAACUCCUCAGUUGCAGGGCUGUCGUCAGAAAAUGUUGUCAAUGGAAUCAUGGAAGAGACAAUGUCAUCCACUAGUGAAUAUGGUUCAACCAUGAAGGGAAGAGAGCACACAGGAAUAGAGCUAUCCUUUGGUAAUGUACAGAAACCUAAUGUUGUUGAUGAAUAUCCAGAUAGCUUUGUGCAGUGGGUGAAUUAUGGAGAGACGCACUGCCAUUGAAGUUGGGCAUGGUUUCUCCCUGAAUUUGUAUUCCUUCCAUUUGACUCAAACUGCCCUAAAGAUGCAGUGUGUUGAUUUAGAGAUCAUAAAGUGCAGCGGGAAUGAAGGAAGAACGAAAAACAAUCAUUAGGCAUUCUUUUGUCAGACAAUUCAAAGCAGCUUCGUCGCAUCGUCGUAGCCCUCAUCCUCGUGGAUGACUUGCAGCAUUGAUUCUAUGGUUACCUGAACCUGAUACCGAAGUAAAAAGAGUAAAUAGCUGACAGUAAAAAUUCGUUUGGACCCCCUUUGCUUAUGGACUGUGUAGGUCUCAAUCUUGUAAAUAUGUUCUCUGCUCUGUAAGCUCCAGUUUUAGAGUUUCUUGUGAUUUAUUCUUUGUGGCUGUUAAUAUCUGGUCAGCUGUGAGUCUGUGACACUAAAGCGUUGGUGAAGCUUUGAGGUAAGGCUUAAGAUUACAGACCAAUAUUUUCUCAUAGGCUGUCAAAAGGAUUCAGAGCCUCUAGUUACUAAAUGUCCUAGAGUGAGAACUGGGGUGUGUUCUGUCCUUGAUGUAAUUGUGGUCGUUUUUCGUGUCCUCUCUCUCUCCCUGACAGACUUGCCAACAUGAGUUUUGUAUAGAGAAACUAAACCCUAGAAGAGGUAAUUGCUUGGCUUUCGGAUUCUUCGGAAUAAGUUGCAGAGGACAAAAUUUGUAGCCCAAGGAAGUUAAAAUUGCAUCAGUUGCGGUUGUUGUAAUGAAUAUAAACAUCUUUAAUAUUCUGUUUUCCCAGCAGUUUACUAUGUCA